AUGGCACCAGUACCAGCAGAAACGGCGCAUUGGGAGCCUUCCGAGGUCACCAGCUCAGUGUCUGGCUCCACCAGAGCCACAACGCCAGAGCUCGCUCUCACAUCAAAGACAAGAAAGAAGGCCUGCAUUGUUGGCCUCGGCAUGGUCGGCAUUGCUUUUAUCGAAAAGCUUCUGAAGUAUGACCUACAGGGAGGCCGAGACGAGUGGGAGAUCACCGUCAUCGGCGAAGAGCCUCACAUCGCAUAUAACCGAGUCGGUCUCACGCAAUACUUCUCGAACCGCUCUAUCGAGUCGCUCUACCUCAACGAGCUUGAGUGGUACAGUUCGCAUGCCAAGGGCAAGCUCACGUACCAUACCUCAGAUCUAGUCGUAUCCAUAGAUUCGGACGGCAAGACUGUACGAACACAGAAUGGUAUUGAGUUCAAGUACGACGAACUCGUCCUCGCAACGGGCUCAGAUGCUUCGCUGCCUCCUUACAUCAGCCGAGAUAAGUUUUUCUCGACAAAAGGCACCUUUGUGUACCGCACCAUCAAGGACUUAGACGACAUCAUCGCAUAUGCUGCUGAAGCUCCAAAAACGAUCGGCCGACGCAUUCGCAAAGCAGGUGUGAUUGGCGGCGGUCUCCUCGGUCUCGAAGCAGCGAAAGCACUGUUGGAUCUUGAAGAGGUAGACCACGUCGUGCUUGUCGAGCGCAAUCGCUGGGUCUUGUCACGACAGCUCGACCAAGAAGGCGGUACGCUCGUGCUACAGAAGGUCCGCGACCUUGGUGUCGAGGUGUUGCUUCAAGCUCGUGUUCGUGACCUCAUCUGGAACGAUGAGGGUCGCCUCACAGCCAUGCUGAUGCAGGGCACCGAUGAAAAGCCAGAUGAGCCCUUCGACAUCGACAUACUCGUCUUCGCAGUAGGUAUCAAGCCAAGAGAUGAACUAUCGGAGGUCGUCCCCGGGCUGGCCACCCACAAGCGGAGCGGAGGCUUCACCGUCGACGAUAAACUCCGCACAAGCAUCCCCAAUAUCUAUGCCAUCGGCGAGUGUGCAUCCUUCGAAGACCAAACGUACGGUCUCAUUGCUCCAGGUAUCGAAAUGGCUGAAGUCCUUGCUUUCAAUCUCACCGAGGGUCCUUACCACGCAAUGCGAAAGAUGAAGUCGCCUGACGUGUCCACCAAGUUGAAGCUCAUGGGUGUCGAUGUGGCUUCCUUUGGAGACUUCUUCGCAGAUCAAGGCAAGAUCAGCAAGCCCCUUCCCGGCAAUAGAGCAGCUUCAAGACGAGGCAAGAAGGCAGACGAGUCCGCCGAGAUGACGGUCGAUGAAAUCAAGAAGUCGGUCAAAGCUUUGACGUACCGUGAUCCCUUCUCGGAUGUCUACAAGAAGUACAUCUUCACUGCUGACGGCAAGUACUUGCUUGGUGGUAUGAUGGUCGGCGACGUCAAGGACUACGUCAAGCUUGUGGCGCUGUGCAACAAAGGCGCUGCAAUCGAAAAGCCCCCUGCUGAACUGAUCAUCGGUGCCAAGAAGGAAGGCGAGGAAGAAGGUGACGAUCUUCCCGACGAAGCCCAAGUCUGCAGCUGUCACAAUGUCACCAAGGGCGACCUGCUCCGCUGUGUCAAGGAUGGCGGUGUACGUUCGAUCGGCGAGAUGAAGGCAUCCACCAAAUGCGGUACCGGCUGCGGAGGCUGUCUGCCUCUCAGCCAGAGCAUCCUCAACAAAGCACUCAAGGAAGCCGGCGUCGAGAUCUCUAAUCAUCUCUGUGGCCACUUUGCCUACACCCGACAGGAGCUGUACCAGAUCAUCAAGUUCAAGAAGCUCCGAGACUUCACCACCGUAAUGAAAACUGUAGGCAAGAAGUCUGACAGUCUCGGAUGCGAGGUCUGCCGUCCAGCUGUCGGCUCUAUCUUGUCAUCCCUCUACAAUGACUGGAUCAUGAACCCGCAACUUCGACAGACACAAGAUACCAACGAUCGAUACCUUGCCAACAUGCAGCGCGAUGGUACAUACUCAGUCGUGCCACGUAUGGCUGCUGGUGAGGUGACCCCUGCAGGGCUCAAGGUCAUCGGCGGGGUCGCUGAGGAGUUCGGUCUCUACACCAAGAUCACGGGUGGUCAGCGAAUUGAUAUGUUCGGUGCCAAGAAGCAGGACUUGCCUGCCAUUUGGGAGAAGCUUGUCGAUGCUGGCUUUGAAUCAGGACACGCUUACGGCAAAGCGCUUCGAACAAUCAAGUCUUGUGUCGGCAGCACAUGGUGUAGAUACGGUGUCGGCGACUCGGUCGGUCUUGCUCAUGAGCUCGAGACAAGAUACAAGGGUCUUCGCGCUCCACACAAGUUCAAGGGAGGUGUUUCGGGAUGUGUCCGAGAGUGUGCCGAGGCUCAAGGCAAGGACUUUGGUCUCAUCGCCACCACCAAGGGCUGGAACGUCUAUGUCGGUGGUAACGGAGGAGCCAAGCCUCGUCACGCCGAGCUCAUCGCUGAAGACGUAACACGGCGCCAAGCCAUCAAGAUUCUCGACCGCUUCAUCCUCUUUUACAUUCGAUCCGCUGACAAGCUCGAACGUACAGCCCGAUGGAUCGAAAAGUUCCCUGGCGGCCUCAAAGGUCUCAAGGAGGUCAUUGUCGAUGACAAGCUUGGUAUCUGCGAAGACCUGGAGAAGGAGAUGGAGGUACUCGUCGGUACUUACCAUUGCGAAUGGACCAAGGUGGUCCGGGACCCUGCCCGCAAGAAGGCCUUCAGACAGUUCGUCAACACCGACGAGACGCAGGUCGUGUCUGAAAAGCUAUCAGAACGUGAUCAGCAGCGACCUGCUGACUGGCCUGCCGAGUCUGGUCCGCUUCACUUUAGCAUCCUCGACGUCGCCAAAGAGGCAGUCUGGGAAUGGCGACCGGUCUGCAAGUACACCGAUCUCGAUCCACAAACAGACGCACCAUCCUCAGCAACCAUCAAGUACGGCGACACUCAGAUCGCUGUCUGGAACAUUCCUGGGCGUGGUAUUCGAGCAGCCCAGAACAUGUGCCCUCAUCGACGCGCUUUUGUUCUCGCUGACGGUCUGGUUGGAGAAGACGACAAGGGUCGUGAAUACGUUUCGUGUCCACUUCAUAAGCGAAACUACAUUCUCUCUGCCAACGCUGGCGAGGAAGGAGGCAAGUGUAACGAUGGCGACUACUCAAUCAUGACCUUUGAGGCCAGAAUGAAUGAAGCCCAGGAUCUUGUGUACCUCAAGCUUCCUCCCACUGAAGCACUCGAUGCUGUCUUGUCGACAUCAAAGUGGAUGCUCCGACGAGCGACGGAGGAGUCGCAUGCUCUGGCAGGUGGACAGUCUCAUUCGGUCGAGAUCACUGGACCAUUGGACAUGGAUCAGCUCGAGCAAAAGGCUCAUCCGUCGCCUAACAAGGCGGGCGCAGCACCAGCUCAGACUACUACAGCCUCCUGCGGUCAUUCGUCUCUCGACUGGUGA